AUUUAAAAUUGGAAAGGAUAAAACAAGCCUUGCAAUUUGCUUACAUAAAAUCUCUCACUUUCUCUGUGUGACGACGGCGUGUCAGCUUCUGAAGCUUUGACAAUGGCGGCAGUGUUGGAAGCAUCAUUGGCGACCCCAUUCUUUUCUUCAAAGCCUCACACCACUAAUUUCCCUUCAAAGUUUCACACUUUUCCCUCAAAACUCACCCUUCGCAAUACCCAUCGUUCUUCUUCUGCUGCAAAUGCUUCUCUUUCUCCUUCUUCCCCUCAAGACCCGAACCCGAACACCCAAUCAAAUUCUGACUCGACCCGGGAUCGCCAGAGAACCGUUCGGCUCGCUUGGGAGAAGCUCGUCCGGUGGUCCAGGUCUUGGCGCUCCAAGGCCAAGACCGACGUACUCGAACGCACAAAUAAGGUGGUUGUGCUUGGAGGGGGGUCGUUUGGGACCGCAAUGGCUGCCCAUGUUGCAGAGAGAAAGGCUCAAUUAGAAGUGAUGAUGCUGGUUAGGGACCCUCAAGUUUGUUUCUCAAUCAACGAGAGACACUGCAACUGUAAGUACUUCCCAGAUCAUAGGCUGCCAGAAAAUGUAGUUGCAACAAUUGAUGCCAAAUCUGCUUUGCUUGGUGCAGAUUACUGCCUUCAUGCAGUGCCUGUUCAGUUCAGCGCAUCUUUUCUUGAGAGUGUUGCUGAGUAUGUUGAUCCGGGCUUGCCAUUCAUAUCUCUCAGUAAGGGCCUAGAGCUGAAUACCCUCAGGAUGAUGGCUCAAAUUAUUCCUCAAGCACUACGAAACCCUCGCCAGCCUUUUGUUGCACUAUCAGGGCCUUCUUUCGCUUUGGAAUUGAUGAAUAAGCUACCCACAGCAAUGGUAGUAGCAUCAAAAGACAAAAAAUUGGCAAAUACGGUUCAGCAGCUACUAGCUUCAAGUCAUUUAAGAAUCAGCACAUCAAGUGACGUUACAGGAGUUGAAAUAGCAGGUGCACUCAAGAACGUGCUUGCAAUAGCAGCUGGGAUUGUAGAAGGCAUGAAUCUUGGUAACAACUCAAUGGCUGCUCUUGUCUCACAAGGCUGUUCAGAGAUACGGUGGCUUGCAACGAAGAUGGGUGCAAAGCCGACUACAAUAACUGGCCUGUCAGGAACUGGAGACAUAAUGCUUACAUGUUUUGUGAAUCUUUCAAGAAACAGAACAGUUGGCGUGCGUCUUGGAUCAGGCGAGAAGCUUGAGAACAUACUCAAUUCCAUGAAUCAGGUAGCAGAAGGUGUCUCCACAGCCGGAGCAGUAAUUGCUUUGGCACAGAAAUACAAUGUAAAGAUGCCAGUAUUGACAGCAGUUGCUCGCAUCAUCGACAACGAACUUACCCCUAAGAAAGCUGUUUUUGAGUUAAUGAGCCUCCCUCAGGUUGAAGAAGUAUGAAACCUCCCAAUACAUCAUUAUGUCUACCAGCUGCUUUUUAACUGCUGCUUGUAAGACAUUUGUGUACCAAUUCUUUUCACCAUUGUGCUUCUAGUGCUGAAGGCUUGGUGAACAAAAUUUUGCACAAUCAGGGUUGCACCAUGUAGUUCUUAGAUUUUGAGAAAUAUGUAGAUUCUAGACGAUGCAUUAUCUCACCUCAAUUUAUACUUUCUUACCAUGACUAUACUUGGAGCCACAAAUGUGCGUUACUCUAAUUAAUGUCACUUGUUUGUGC